AUGGGUAAGUUUACUACUUGCCCCACACAGUACAUGCCACUAUGCAAUCCAGAUAAAUAUGAGCACAUAUAUGAUCAGGCAACUGACUUUAUUACUGUUAAAAAUAUAAAACAAGAUAGAGUCAUAGGCGUGUUCGAUUACUCUGAAUUAUAUGAAUAUCUGGGAGUAGCAAAUCCAUUAAAAAACGUUUGUGGAAUAUUAUUUCGACAAUUACUGCGCCCUGGUGACAUA